GAGAAGCAGGCUUCCUGCUGAGCAGGGAGCCCAAUGCGGGGCUCGAUCCCAGACCCAGGGAUCAUGACCUGAGCCGAAGGCAGACACUUAACGACUGAGCCACCCAGGCGCCCCAAGUUUAAUAUAAUUCUUGUAGCUUAUGUGAAGUGUGUUCUUCAUUUGAUAGAUUCACAAAAAUGUUUCUUAUUUCCUAUUUUUAGAGUCUGAACCCUGAGUCUCCUUCUACCAUUGAUGUUAUUGAGAAUUGGUCAGUUAUGACUACUGUUUCAGUAAGAGUGAGCACAUCCUCUUUUUCCCCCUGAGUCAAUGGCCCUUCUUGAAUUUGAACCCUGCCUUUAAAGACCUGAGCUUUUUGUGUAUCAGCCAGGGCAAUAGACCUGUUCUGGUCAAUGAGUAUCCUGUCCAACGGCUAACAUGGUGGUAGCUUCCCUUGUUUCUUCUAGGCUUCUCUCAUAGAUCUCAAGAAAUAUGAGUGGGAGAAGAGGUGUUUUGCUAAACAGGGUGAGAAUGCUUAUGGUGGAAUAGUGCCUCCCCCAAACCUCUGAUUCUCUCAGGCUGAUUAUGAGUAUAUUCUUCUUUGCUUUGGAUCUGAGAAAUGACUGCAGUAGUAGUGAUCUAUUCAGCUUAGGAAUGAGAAAUUCCAAAUCAACGUUUUUGUUCCUUUGGAAAAGACAAAUUGCUCAAGAAGUUAGUGAUAAAACAAAUCUGGUGCUUUAAUAUUUAUUUUAGCUAAGUAUAUUUUUUAUUAUUGUCAAUUAAGAGUGUGUUGCAUUUCAUGCUUUGUGGGUUUUUUGCCUGAAGUCCUAUAAAUGUAAUACCUAAAUAAUUCCCCCAACUUUUCUAUUCUGCUUCUUACUUUCCACCCACUUACUUUGGUAGAGGAGCCCUUUUGCUAAAUUCUUCCCUCAAGAAGGACCUUAAGACUGGGAAAAUCAUAGAAUUUAUCAGACUAAUAAAAUGGGGUUUUUAAUAAUUAUUCUGGGACAAGAGACAUCAAUUGGCACUGUCCAGGAACUUACUGAACCCCCCUCCUAGAGAACAAUGCACAAUAAGAUCCUUGUAGUUGAUAACACAUUAUAAAUUUACCUCUCAGUGAGCUAUUUGAAUUUUAAUAGAGCUCAAAGCUUUAAGUUAAAGAAAACAUUCUAAUGGCAGAUUUUCAGGUAUCAGUUACUAGGUAAGGAAACUAUUAGAAUCAGAGUCAGAGAAUGAAAGCCUUAAAAUUAUAGUUCAGUGAAUUCUCUGCCUAAAUUUAAGGCUGGCUUUAUCAACUACCUUAGUAGUUAUCUCAAUGCUUAAAUAUCAUCAAAAUAAGAAAAUAAGUUACACUAGUAUCAAUAAUAAGAUGAAUAAAUUAUAAGUAUAGCUAUAUUUUUGCCUUUUUGGGUGGGGAGAAUCUACAAAAAAAUAGUACUCAUUUUGUUGGUAAAAACAUUUGUUAAUUUAAUAAAGUGUAUAUAGUAUCUUUAGUGGUUGGACCUUCCUUCCAAAAUGACAAACAUAAAAUUUAUGUGUUUGGUGUAUUUUAUGUGUCCAGUAGCUACUUUUGUUUCGUUAUCCUAUAUUUUUGUCUUGAGAUUGCUUCUUGUAUUUCAGCAUUUAAGAAGGAGAUGGCAGUGUUGAGCCUCAGCUCAGACUUGACACUGUUUGAAAUAGCUUCAGAUUUUUCAUAAAGAAGUAUUACUUUAGCUAAAUGCAGUUUCAUCUCUUGGGAUUUUAUUUUCUACCCUCACUCCCUUUGUAAUCCCAUACGGAGAAUGAAAGAGUGCACUGAUAUAUGUUAUAUUAGAUCUGUCAUUACAAAGAUACGAUUAAAUCACUUACACUCAUGUCUGCACAUCUAAGAAUGCCGAUUCAGGGGACCCAUAGAAAUAACCCUCUCAAAUAAAAUGAGGACCAGCUCUAAAAUGCAAAAGUGUGUUUACGAUAUGCCUGUUUUCCUAAGGCUUUGGCAGGAAGAAUUAACCUGACGUUUCCAGAACACAAAACACCUUACUGAGCCACGUCUUAUGAUAUAUAAGCUGCUCUCUGGGAAUACAUUUUUUAUCAUUUCUUUUUUUCGGGCAGUAGGCUACUGCUAAGAAAAUGACUUUUUCUAGGGCUGAUGCCCUGAAAAAAAGUUUAGGUGAUCAGAGGAAUUGUUUACUUAGUCUCCAUUCACAUCCACUGUUUUGCCUGCAUUCCAAGUUUCAAAAGGAUGAUUCAUAAACCUUUUAGGACUAUGUUGAAAAACAAAAUAAGUAACGGUGCACUUUGUCAAUAUCAAAAGCAAUUUAACAGUACAUUUUUUAGGUUAUAAACCAUGAGAAAGAUAGAAUGCUACCACGUAAAGUUGUAGUAAGUUGUUUUUAAAAGUAUAAGCCAAGAUUAGCAAACUAGCUGCCAUGUCAAAGGAUCUGAAAUAGCAGUUGGAAUGGCACCCAAUACUACAAGUUAUAUUUUGAAAAGCCAUCCUGCCAUGCUUAAAAUAUGUAAAAGCAAUAUCUUAACAUGUGAGAUUUUGUGGUUUUCUUUGAAAUCUGGGCAAUUAAAUCACAUGCAAAAAGAUGUGUAAUUGUUUAGUUUGAUUAUCAUUGAUAGUGGGAUUUUCUUUUGUACCUUAAUUUUUAUAUGUUUAAAAUUAUUGUUGAAAUGUUAUGUGAAGAAUAAUUUAUGGAUUUAACUAAGCCAGCAAGCCAAUUUGGUUUCCAUUAUAAGUGAAGGACCCAACAACAACAUCUUCAUUUCAUAUUGUUCCGAUAAAUUUAAUGACAUUAUUUUUUUUUGAACUAAAAGGAAAUUUCUUCUCAGCUGGAUUCUUUCACUGUAGGUUUUAAUCGCAAACUUUGAAAAUGAGAACAUAGCUAUUAUUUUUUAUUAAAAGGAUAUGUUCUGGUUAGUUUGGAAAGGUUUGAGGAGUAAGGGCUUCCAAUAGCAUGUCUAAGGACUUAAAAUGCAAUGCUGAAGUUAGAGAAUGUAACAUAACGCCUUUAGUACCAGCGCAUCUUAUGUGUUGUUGGAUGCAUGCGUGGCGAAUGUGUAGGCAUGGUGAGGCAGUUCUUACUACUUUCAAAACUCCAACUAAGAGCAGGCUGCUUAAAGUUUAGCUACGCUGGGUAGGACACAGGCCCAUACAUUCAGUACUAGGCUCACCCUAUGAGGUGGGUAGAAGUGAGAGGUUGUAUGUUAUCUGCCAUGAUUCUUGAAACACAGAGUCUUAUUCAUAACAUGUGCUCACCUAAUGUUUGCUGGCUGAUUGAAGUUCUAUGACUCUCCCUGUUCAACAAUUUUAACAUUUUUUUUUUUUUAGCAGCUCAUCCUUUAAAAGUCUUUUUGAACUUUCUUAUCCUUUGUGUUAGAGUAGGAUUGUUCUUCUGGACAACUUCUAGUUUACAUAAAUAAAUCCAUAAUGUAAAUUUCUUUAAAAUAUAUUUUUAUUACAUGUAUUUUUUAAUUUUAAUUCUUAAUGUACUUUUUAAGUAGAAGAAACACUUGAAAUCUUUAAAUAUUUUAGUUAAAGUGCUGAAUAAUUACAAUUCAGUACCUGAAGCAUUCAUUGGCUUUUAGCUCAAUUAGAAUGUGCUUUAGACUUGCUAGAUAUGAAAUAUUACACCAGUAUAGAGUGAAGGAAUUCAUUAGAUUCGAAGUUUCAGUCAUGCUUUUGUUGUCUCACCAGUAUUCUAACCUGCUAAACGUCUUUGAGGCUGAGUGCUCUGAUCGGCAGAAUCUCCUUACUCUUUGCUCAGCAGCUUGAAUAGGCACAAUAUCAAAGUCAUACGCUCUCCUAACCCUAGAUGGGUUUCUAAGGAGGCGCACCUUACGUUAGGAAAAUGCUGUGUGCUUGAAUUACUGGUGUUUCUACAUAAAGUAAAUAAGUCCUGAAGAGAGCCUUUGAGUAUUUUGGAGUUAUGAAGUAACGAGAUUAAAAAAUUAACAAAUUUUUUUCUCCCUUUCCUACCAGUCCUUACUGUGUCUUCCACGCCAGGGGCAUGCUUUAUAUACUUUUGCUCAGUGAUGUGUAAUCCUCAAUCCUUAUGGAAAAAAAAAAUCCCUCUUGAUGUGUAUUCAUUCAAAUGUUCAUUGGACUUCUGCAAACUAGUGACGCAGAGGAGGAGAACCGAAAAGAGCUCCAUCCUGUUUUCAAUACUCUGUAGCAUCCGUUUUUGGCAAACUUCAGUAGGGCCUUGGCAGUCCUGCCCUCCCAGACCUGUGCUUCAUUAUAAUGUGCUAAGAGCCACCUCUUUUAGCCAGGCUCGACAGGAUAUAGCCCAAGGGAGAAGACGCCAGAGAGUCUAGGACACUGGGUCUUAAAGAAACUCUGCUUGAUUGAGUGGUCAGGGUACAUAUAUUAGCCAAAGACUUGAUGAUAUGCUGGUAUCUGGCCAUCCCGCAUUUGGAGCAGAAUACUAUUCUGGAUAGAAACGUCAUUGUUUCAAUCUCUUUGGAGCCAGAACAAUUGUUAUCUUCAGCUGAAGUGCCUAGUAUGUCUAGAUGUAUACCCAGAAGAACUCACAUGACAUAAUUUUACCAGAAUACCAUAGAAACUUGAUUUGAAUGCAAAAGGGAACCAUCAAGAUUCAUCCUUUCUGAAAAACAAAAAUGAAAUGAACAUUAUCCCCCCAAUAAAAUGACACUCAGUUGUUCUGUACUUCCUCACAGCUAUGUUCUUUCAUGUGCUGCUAAUUAGAAUGAAACUCUAUGAUAUAUUGAUAAUGUGAAAUUAAACAAAUUGUUUAUUUACUCUUAAAAAUAGCAUGUUAUAUUAGAACAACCUCAGAGGACCAUUAAAGAAAAUGAUUUAAGUAUUGAACAGCAACAAAUAAGUGUCUAGUGAAAUUUUUUUUUUCUUUCAAGGUUUCUGAUAUACUUGGUCUAUUUAGAAAACAAACGCAUUUAAUUGUUUCCAUCUCUUAAAUAUGCUUAGUGAGUUCAGUUUUUUGUUGUUGUACAAAUAAAUUGGUCCUAGUUGCAUUGCUUUCUUUCAAACAUCAUUUCAAAUUAGGGCUUAAUGUGGUUUGAACAUUUUGCCAGAAUAGUCAUCCUACUUUUGUCUGAGGGUGGUUGAUUACAUCUAUCUUUUCCAGCUUACAAAUGCCAAUAUAAUUAGAAGAAUGCAAACCCAAUCCUGAGACCAUUUGUCAUCACACAUUGAUUGUAACUCUAUGUUUUAUUAUGGUACGUAGGAGGAAAAACAAACAAUUAAAAGUCUGAAGAAAAUGAAGACAUGCUAAACAUUUUCAUUACAUCAUUGUGCUUAACCAAUUUUUCCCUACCACUUUUAAUGCUUAAUUACCUGGACUAUUAAAAUAUAUAUAAAUACUUUUACAUGUUGAACUCAAAAAUAGCUUUCAAAUAUCUUAGUUGCAAAUAUACAAAUGGGUAUAAAAUACACAGAAUGGAAGAGGGUUUAGCACUAUUAUUUCCAAGUGUAAGUUUUAAUAAUUUACAGUAUGCAGUAUUCUCCAAAUAACUAGAGAAAAGGCUCUGAGGAAAUAAGGCAAUGUCAGUGACAAAAUGUUAUUGGUUUUUGCCUGCACAUAUACUAUGUACUGUGUCUGUGUUUGCCCCAUUUGUGUACACUAUCUUUCUUAUCCACUCUAUUACUCUUUAUUUUAUUGUCAUGAGGGAUGGAAUUAGAGUGGAGACUAGAAAUAUUUAGUCAUUUCUGCCCUAAAUCCAUCCCUUUAAAUGAAAUGGCAAGGUAGAGAUGUUUGUGUGAUAGGAAAUGAAGGUGUAUUUUUAAGCUCAUAUAAUAGGCAACUAGUAGACAACCAUAGCUAAUGGGAAUAUGGUGAAUGAUUUUAGCCUCAUGAUGAAAUUUCUUUUGGCCUGUUGAAAUCUGAUCUACCUGAGGUAUCUAUGGAAACCCUCAGAAUCACUCUACAAAGCUUUCUUAGUGGACUUGACACUUUAAAAACUAAGCUUUUAGUUAAGCUUUAAUUUUAAGUUAAGCUAAACUCAGAUUUUAGCCCUCAUAACAUCAAGGCAGAGACACUUGUUGGGUGUUGUCUCUUUGCAUCUAUCCCUAUAUUUUUGUUUCCAUUUUUUAAUUAUUGAUAAGGCAGAAGGAGCUUAUGCUAGAGUAUAAUCUAAGCUGCUAUAACAAAAAGACCCUAAAAUAUAGUAACUCAAAAAAGAAAGAAGUCAAACCAGAGCUUCUGUUCCAUAAGAUCAAGGAAUAUAGGUUACUUCUCUUUUCCUCUGAUUUCCCUAGAAUGUCAUCUCCAUCUGCAUGGUAAAAGCUGGAUUACCACCACUAUCUCCUCAUCCCAGCCUGAAUUCAUGGUGGAGUGGUCAUAAGUAGGGAGGGGAAGCAACUUCCUUAGUAAGGAAAUGACCCGAAAUUGCUUACAUCACUUCCUUUCAUUUCCCUUUGGCUGAAACUUAGUCAUCUGGCCACACCUAGUUGCAAAGGAGUCUAGGAAGUCUAGUUGGGGAUGGGCAAUUAUGUGUCCAGCUAAAAGUAAGUCGUGAUGGUGGGGUGUGUAUUACUGAAAGGAAGGAAGAGGAGAAUGAACACUGGGAGGACAAUUAGUGAUCUCUGCCAAUGUGGUCUCAGGUCUUGUAGAAAUUUGCCUGAUGCACCCCCUCGAUGUGGUGAAAACCAGGUUCCAGAUUCAGAGAUGUGCAACUGAUCCAAACAGUUAUAAAAGCUUGGGAGACAGCUUUCGAACAAUUUUCCGAAUAGAAGGGUUGUUUGGUUUUUACAAGGGGAUUCUGCCACCAAUCUUGGCUGAAACACCAAAAAGAGCAGUGAAGUUUUUCACCUUUGAGCAGUACAAGAAAUUGCUAGGAUAUGUGUCACUGUCACCAGCAUUGACAUUUGCCAUUGCUGGAUUAGGAUCUGGACUCACAGAAGCUAUCGUGGUUAACCCUUUUGAGGUGGUAAAAGUUGGAUUGCAAGCGAAUCGGAACAAAUUUACAGAGCAACCAUCCACAAUGAGUUAUGCAAGACACAUCAUUAAGAAGGAAGGCUUGGGACUCCAGGGCCUCAACAAAGGAUUUACAGCAACUUUGGGACGUCACGGGGUUUUCAACAUGGUUUAUUUUGGCUUCUACCACAAUGUCAAAAACAUUAUUCCUGUCAAUAAGGAUCCAACCUUGGAGUUUUUGAGAAAAUUUGGGAUUGGUCUUCUCUCAGGCACAAUAGCCUCAGUCAUUAACAUCCCUUUUGAUGUUGCCAAAAGUAGGAUUCAAGGGCCUCAACCAGUUCCUGGAGAGAUCAAGUACAGAACCUGUUUUAAAACAAUGGCAACGGUCUACCGGGAAGAAGGGAUUUUAGCUUUGUACAAAGGCCUGCUUCCCAAGAUUAUGAGGCUUGGACCAGGUGGUGCAGUGAUGCUGCUGGUUUAUGAAUACACCUAUUCAUGGCUUCAGGAGAACUGGUGACCACCUGGGAAGUGUUGAGAUCAUGGGUAUUUGCUCUACAGCACCAUGAGGAGGGACUAUCAGCUCGGCUGAUAUGAUUAUAAAUUAUAAUUAUACAAUCAUGUACAAUUAUUAAGGGGAAACAGUUUAUUCAAGAACAAAACCUAUUUUGAUACUUCAAAAAUUAUCUCUAGACAAUUUGAGACUGUAGUUUUGGCCAUAUCCAUAAGCCUGUGAGAAGAAAAAUAGUAUGAAAUAGUGAGGUAUGUAAAUUGAACACGGAAAAUAGCAUAGAAAUCAGAUAUAUUUCAUAAAAGCUAUAAAAAUUUCGUGAUCUGUAUUCCUCUUACACUGCUUCACGAUGAAAAUUCAUUGUAUUGAUAAUUUUUUUUUCCCCACAAGGUCAAGAAAUGCUUAACGUAUUAAAAAAAUUUAGCCAAAAUUUGAAGUUUUUAUAAGGAAUUAAAUUAUCCCAUAAAUAAUAUUUAAAAGGCACAAAAUGUGUUUAAAGUACACUAAAAUGGCAUUUUUAAAAUGUUGAAUUUUAUGUUAAAAUUUAAAUCUGGUGGUAUUCUUUAGAGUAGUAAUACACAUCACAGCUAUAUUUUCCCAAAGCUACUUUAUAUUUUGCACUGUUGUUUAAAGCAGGUCAUAUUUUUAAAUCCUGAUACGUGAAGUCUUUUAUGGCAAAUAGAACACAUGAAAUUUCCUUCACAUAAUUCCCUUUGAAAACAAUUUUUGUUGCUGAAAUAUUUUCAUGGUAAAACACAGAUUGGAACCACUCCUUGGGCCCAUGUGUGUUGUCUGUAUUUGCAUCCAGAUAUCUUUGUUCAGAACUCUUACCUGUGCCAUUCUUAAAAAGAAUGUUUAGUGUAAAACUACAUUUCCAAGUUAUUAGUUUUAAGUGACGGCUUCAGGUAGUGUUAAAAUAUGUACUAUGAAGGGGGAAAUAUUUCAAAAUAGAAGUACAUUCUUAGCAUUUCCAAAGAUUCCUGUACUAACAUGCACUGUAAGAGAUCUCUCCUUGGCAUUGAUAUAACCAAACUUGAUUUUAUAUUUGCAUCCUGAAAUGAUGCUACGUUAGUAGCUAAAGUCAACAAAAAUAUCUGCCCAUUCUAGAUGACACCUGUUCUUAACUACUACUGAGGGACAUUUCUACCAUGAGGCUCUGUCACUAAAGCAUUUGGAGAAUAAAAAAUAAAAGAUAACAUGAUAAUUAUUACUUUUUAUUAAUUUAGAGCAUUUGAAGUAUAAAAAUAAAGGCUUUUUGACAUACUGUAUAUACAUACACAGCCUUCGGUUUUACAUCCUUUCCAACGUGUUUUUUAAUUUAUAUUUCAGCCCAAUAUUCCAUAAGAGGGUCAUUAAAAGUAGGAAAAAAAAAAAAA